AUGUGCGAAGUCUCUAAACAACGUCUGUACCCUCACUGGUCAUACAAGUAUCAUGACUAUAUGUGGGAUGAUCUACCUCCUUCUUCACUGCCAUCCGACUGGGAUACCUUUGACUCGUGUGAUGUAGAUGCAGCGGUACCACCAUCUCAACACCUUUCAACACGGAAAAAGGACCAGAGCACUUUGGACAAGAUGUCUAUACCCGCUCAUGAAAAACAAACAGAGUUCCAGUUCGAUUCUCAAUCAAGCAACGAGGUGGAAGAGCAGCUGUGCACCCUUAGUAGUGGGGGAGAUGUCGAAGAUUUAGCUUCAUGUAACGAGGUGGAGGCCCUGCUUAGGCUUGAGGACCUUCCUGCACACGAUCUCCUCGAAGAUUUGACGAAUCAGCACACCUCAAUACUCUCAAAAGCGGAUUCUCCCUCUGGAGGAGAUCCCAUCAAACCAGUCAUUGAUGAUCGUAAAGAGCACAGGAGGCAGCGUCGAUUCACCCACAUGGAAGAAGACCAGCGACGUGUAUGCGCACGACAACAGGCCAAGGAGUAUUACCAUCGCAACGCUGACGCUGUAAGAGAAAGAAGGAAACAAAAGCGAGAGGCAAACAACAGAAAACUCGAUGAGCUGCCAGAAGAAGACCGCUCUCAUAUUCUGGCAGAACGGCGAAAGAAGCAGAGAGAAUAUGGGUGA